UAAUGAAAAUUUUCGAAAUCUACUUAGACUAGUAUUUAGUGAAUCCAAUAAAAUUUCAUUUUCAGUCAGGAAUAGUGCUGCUCAGUUUCUUUUCCAUUCUUCUUCUCCUGACAAUAGCCCCGGUCGUUAUGAAGUUGAUAGAUCAUUAUAGAGAAGUUGAUGAUGUCACACCUUCAUCUUCACACAGGAACGAAUUCCUAAUGGACGACGAUGGAGUAUGGGUCACCCCUUCCUCUGAGAGUCCAACUGACAUUCAAUUGAGAGAACGUACACCUCCUGAAGAACAGGUCAGACCGACGACUUCCACAUGGAUCAGUCCUACUCCACCACCACCAAGACAACCUUCUCCUCGAAGAAUACCGCCACCACCAAGAUUUCCUAAUAGGGCUCAGUCGCCAAGAUCAUCACAGGUUCCAACAACAUCGAGGCAGAUAUUUCAGAAAAGCAAACUAUCGGCUUUUUCAUCAAAAAUUUCAAAGGCAAGAGGUCGUCGAAACCAUGAAUCACUCAAACUAGUUGAACCUGUCACUUGGAAAGUUGGAUCAACUACCCCAAAAAGCUGGAUUUAGCCGUUAAUAUCUAGUUUCUUGAAAAUUGUUACUUCGAGUAACAGCUGCCGCUUUCUCACUCCAGGAGAUACUAGAAAGAAGCAAUAUGUGAAGAUGUCCACUCCAAUUAGUGCUAGUUAAUGAAUAUAUUAUGAAUAAAUGGAUACUGUAACAAGGUGACUGCUGAUCUCAUUAGAAUUCAAACACGCAUCAACAGUAUUAUCAGUUCAUAAAAGCAUCUCCUUCGUUCCGGGAAGUAAAUCAAUAAUUGAAAUCACGGACUUUCAUUCACUUUGGCGAGUUUACUAACUGAAUCUUUACCAUGUGUUCAUUUUUAUAAGUUAUUGAUAGUUAUUGUUUUUUGACCAUAUAAUUCAUGAAUAAAAAAAUA